CACUCAUUAUCCACUUCUACAAGUAGACCAAAAUCCCACUUUAGCAAAAUGUUCAAAUUCGCCGUUGUUAUCUUCGCUGUCAUUGCCUGCGCUGCUGCCAAACCCGGUUUGAUUGGUGCUCCUUUGGCUUACACUGCUCCUGCCGCCGUUGUAGCUGCUCCCGCUGGUGUUGUUACCGCCACCAGUAGCCAAUAUAUUGCCCGCAACCACAAUGGUAUUGUCUCCACCCCUGUUGUUGCCCCAGUAGCUGCACCUGUUGUUGCCAAGACUGUUGCCUACACUGCUCCUGUUGCUGCCGCUUAUACUGCUCCCGUUGUGGCUAAAUACGCUGCUGCUUACUCUCAUCCCUUGGCUUACUCCACCCCAGUUGUUGCCAAAUACGCUGCUGCUUACUCUCAUCCUUUGGCCUACUCAGCUCCUUUGACUUAUGCCGCUGCUCCAGUUUUGUUGUAAAAACUGUUUUUGAUAUGUGCUUUUGUGUUGAUUAGUGCGAAAUAAAAAAUAAUUUAUUUAAAACUUAA